AUGGAUCGUAGUGUGGUGAAAUUGGGCCUGCUGUUGCUUGCCUCUAGCUUAAUAGUUCGAUCGGAAUCAUCUUCGGUGCCGCCCAUCUUUCUGUACGAUGAUUUUGACCACUGUGAGGCACAAUCGUCCGUGUACUGUUACGGUCGAACGGUGCUGCGAGUCGACCAAUUUCCGGCCGGGUUCGUUGUACCACAAACGGAAAGCAUGGAUCGCAUCGUGUACAAGCAUCGGGUACAUCACCUGGAGCUAGGGAUCUGUUUGCGCGAGUGUGAACAAGAGCUGGAGGGAAUUGCCAACCGGGAGACGCUGUAUCAACCGCAAAUUCCUGUCAAUUUUACUUUCUUGAUUCCGAACGAGCUGUUUCCCACGAUGAAAGACGAUAAGCGCCGGUACGAAACGAUGGUGAACGUGUGCGUUAACCGGCGACUACGCGCGCGUUACAACAUUACCGGUUACACCGCGCUCGAGUACUGCCGACCCGAAGCUACCAAGCAACAGGCCCGCCCGUUCGAUGCAUUGGAGUUGCUGUUUCUUGCCAUUACGGGGACACUGGUGGGAACUCUUGUUCUAGCCUCAGUACUAGACUUCCGUGGGAUUGAUCAAGACAAUGCAAUUGUGUCCGCUUUCUCAAUCCGCCGCAAUUGGGAUCGAUUGCGGGAGAGGCCCAGCUCACAACUGCACCGCGACCUUCGCUACAUCGAUGGACUGCGGGUGAUCAUCAACCAUCUAGUGAUCGUGCUCCACAGCAUCUUGAUCGCAAGUGCCGCCCCAUCGCGAAACUAUGACGAGCUGGAAGAGAUGAUGUCCUUCGCACCGCUUCUAGUAUACAUUUCAUCCAACGCAUUCCUGGUGCAGGUGUUCUUCACGAUCGGUGGCUAUUUGCUGAGCGUCAACGUACUGCGCGAUUCGGAAAAAACACCAAUCAACGUACGGUACGCUGGCAACAAGAUACUGAAUCGACUACUCCGUCUCGUGCCCGUGUACGCAUUCUUCCUACUAUUUUCCGUAAGCGUAAACGUGCGGUUCGAUGUGAACCUGAGCGGCUAUCGGUUGUUUACGGCGGAAAAUGCAAUCUGCCGUCAGAACUGGUGGGCCAAUUUGUUCUUCGUGAACAAUUUCUUGUGGCCCGAAGAGCUGUGCCUUAUGCACACCUGGUAUCUAGCGGCCGAUUUGCAACUCUUCCUGAUGGCGAUGGCACUGCUGCUGGUCAUCUAUCGAUGGCCGAAGAGUGUUGGGAUCGUGUUUCUGGUUGGUGUGAUAGCAUCGUUCGUGAUACCGGGCUAUAUACUGCACGUGCACAAACUGCAUCCAGUGCUGCCGGCUAAGCUGAGUGAAACUAAAUUCUUAACCAUGUACGAUCCAUGGCUUCGAAGAAUCUAUCUGCCCAGCUAUGCAAACACGGGAAGCUAUCUGUUUGGUGUAAUUGCCGGGUACGUGUAUCAUGGUACGAAAAACAACCGGAUUCAGCUGCAGAAUUCUUUGCUCUUCAAAGCUUUCGAUAAAUGUGUGACACCAGUUCUCAUUGGUGUUAUCAUGUCCACCUACCUGUGGUACGCGAUCGACAUACCGAAACCGAACAUCUGGGUCUCCAUCUAUAGUGCACUGUAUCGUAACAUUAUCGGUAUAUUUGUUGCCGUAUGUUUUAUGCGGUGUAUUAUCACACCUCGCGGUGAUAUUCGAAAAUUUUUAAGCACCAGAUUCCUGACCACACUCGGCAAGCUAACAUACAGCGCAUACGUUCUGCACGAUGUGGUGAUGCGAUUUAUUCUGCUGAACGAAAGCUACAACACGCUCAUAAGUGCACCGACCUUCUUCAUGUACGUGUACGUUGUGACCGUGCUAGCAUUUAUCGGUGGACUGGUCGUGUUUCUCGUCAUCGAACAGCCAAUGAUACAGCUGCUGAAGCCGAUGAUAAACAAAAUUUGUCCUGUGAGAAAAACGAAAGAGAAGCUAGAGCAAAAGCAUGAAUAG